AUGGGUCCCAUCGACGGAGGAUGUCAACAUCCGACGGCGACGGCGGCGGCGAGGCAGGAGUUGUCGGAGUCAAACCUCCCGGCUAUGGGGGCGGGAACCUACCUGGUUCUGUCCGUCUGGCCGGCGCUCCAGACGGCCAUGGAGAAGGGAUAGGGCGGGAGGCAGCCCCACUUCAAAUCCCGACAGCUUGUGGAUUCCCUUCUCUUCUGGUUCUCCCACUCUAAAGGUUACCCUAAUCGUCUUGCAUCCUCGAACACAUAAAUGUGUUUGUGUGUGGGUGUGUGUGUGGAUGAGAGAUGAGAGAGAGAGAGAGAGAGACCUUGAUCACAGUCUGAUGUCGUCUUUUGAGGAGGCCUAGUAGAAAUGGGUUCAGACCUAGAUCGUCUUGAUAGCCUCGCGUCCAAUGGGGCGCCAUAGACGCUGGAAGUUGAAUUUGAUUGGAGGCUAAAGUUUGACUUAUUCUAUUGACGCUCAAGCUUGGGGUGGGCCUCCUCAAAGCUUGAGCUCUUCCUGAGAAAGACAAUGCAAGGGACAAGUUAGUUUUACUUAACAAUCCACAAACUCCAGGAAGAGUCGAUAUACGGGACGAACCUAAUCGCAGACGAUACAGCAUUCUAGUAACGAAUGGAUCGAACAUUAUUUCAUACAACGAUUAAUAUAACCAACGUCUUCGCAUUGUCAGACGACCUCCCAUUAUGUCGUUUAAAUUUUUCUUUCUACAUGAUUACAUUGGCCGACUUUCCUCACGUAGAUUUUUCAUUAUAGUUCCCCUCUGCAUCGACGACUUGGUGAAUAUGCUUGCUGAGUUCAUGCUUUUACAAUUUGACAGGGAAAUCGAGGAUCGAAGCAUUGACGAGGUACACUAUCUAGUCACUUGUUUUAAAUCAUGAUUCAAGCUGGUAAUUUAUCUAUUUGCUUUGAAUUAUGGGUCUUCAUUUGCGACUACGUUCGAAUGCUUUAGCAGCAUUACAGCUGAUCCCAUCGUAUUCUUCUUAGUGAGUACCAAGGGCCCAUGAUUUUCUUCUAAGUUUAGUUAUGGCUAAAAGGAAUUGAAUGGCUGCCACUUAUGAGAAGGUUAGAGACAAUACCAGGAUUAGCUGGUUAGGGGAGGGGAGAUAAGAGUUUUGUUUUUUAAAGGAGUCUAGGAGGCAAUGACCACAGGGUAAGCUUCUUGAUAUGAAUUUUUUAAAGACUUGGAUCCCACUUGAAUAAUAUUCAGGCUUAUCUAUAAUUUCAUUAAAACUAGAAGUUUAUCUAUAAUUUCAAAUUUAUUUAAUUUAAUAUCUAAUAAAAAAAUGCUGUCCACAUUGAAUUUAUAUAAAUAUUACAGGCCCGCUUCAUUUAUGUGAAACAAUCCACUGACACCGACUUCAUGAUUUAAUGAUGAUUUUAUGUAUUCAAUCAUCAAAUUAUAAUAUAUCUAUAAGAUUUCAGAAAAAAAAAUCUUUUACUGUAUGUUUCCUUCUUAUUUUACCCACCUGAAAAAAAGAAAAGAGGAUAGAUUGUGUUACUGUUUUCUCCUAACUUCUAACUAUAGAGCUUGAACAGGUUGCUGAACUAUUAAUGUUCAUGUACGAGGACAUUCUCCUAGGUCAUCUUGAGAUAAUUUUAAAAUUGAAGAAAUGA